AUGAGUAGUUCGGGUGUGAUAACCCAACUGGUGACUGAUGCAUUGUCGAUGAAUGCUGCUCAAGACUGGGAGGAUGUCAUACUCUUCACUCCUUAUUUUCCCGAUCAGGCUCUGAUGUAUGAAUAUGCGGAUUCCUUGGCGGUUCAAACAUUUCUUCGAAUGACUUCGCUUCCUUUUAAUGUUCGUCAACGGCCAAAUGUGGAAUUUAUGUCGCCGGAUGGUGUUCUACCACUUCUCAAAAUCAAUAAAACUCUUAUCACCGGCUUCAACACGAUUGUCGAUUUUGUGUAUAAAAAAGGUGUCACUCUGACUUCUCAUUUGAGCGAGACACAGGUGGCGGAUAUGAGAGCAAACAUUUCGAUGAUUGAUCAUUUGUUGAGAACAGUCGAGAUGUACGUUUUGUGGAAACACGAAGACACUUACCAGCAGGUGACAAAAAUCCGAUAUGGAAGUGUCUAUCAUUUCCCGUUGACGAUUAUUCUGCCGUUUUUGAAAAGAAGAGAAAUUCUCACACAUUUAGCCGAUAAGGAAUGGGAUACAAAAACCAUCGAUGAGGUUGGAGAACAAGCCGAGAAGGUAUUUCGCGCGUUGUCGGCUCAACUUGGAUCCCAGAAAUAUCUGAGCGGCGAUCUGCCAACCGAAGCCGAUGCUCUUCUGUUCGGCCAUUUGUACACUAUCAUCACUUGCCGUCUUCCGUUGACCAACAUUACCAACAUUCUCAAAGAAUAUCCGAACCUCAUUGAAUUCACUAGACGCAUUGAAGAGCAAUAUUUCAAGUCUUAA